AUAAAAUUUAUAAACAUGAUGCCAGUAUUAAAUACAAUUUUAGAUUCAGUCGUGGAUACAAUUGCCCCACCCACUCCAGCAUUUGAAAAUUUCAUUUAUCAUUGGGAAAAAUUUAUGGUUAAUUACUUAGAGUGGACUACAGAUGGACAAUUUUCUCAAACUCGGAUAGAAGAAACCAAUGUACCCGGCCAUCUUGAAAUUGUACAACAGAUAUUAUUAUGUGAAGACAAGAAUGAAAAAACUGCUACCAACUUGUGCAUGGAAUAUGUGUUGAAAAACAACCUAUUUAAUAUACUAACAGUUAUGGCAGAAAAAGAAAAAUUAAUUGGUAUUAGGAUAUUAGUAUUAAAAUACAUGACAAAUCUCAUUAGUCAAUUAAAAAAUCCAGUAUUAGCACAUCCAUCUUUUUUUGUCAGUAUUCAAAGACUAAUUAAUUUAUGUGACAGUGCUCUGUAUAAUAAACAGCAACAAGAUCAGAUUCACUUUUUAUACAUGCUGUGUACACUGUUAAACAAACAACAAAAUGUUUCAAUUAUGUUUUUUUCAUAUGAAUCCAAUAUGUAUCAUUUAGAAGAAGCAAAAACAUCAACGGAAUCAAGUACAUUUAACAGAUUAAAUGUAUUAGAUUGUGUAUUGACCUAUAUCAAUACCAAGAAUACAGAUGUAUUUUACAAAUGUUGUAAUUGUAUAUUGUUGCUUACUAAAUUAAAUGAUGAAAAUGUGAUAGACUUCAUAAUCAAUAAAACUAAACUAUGUUCAACAUUAAGUGAACAUCUUAGAAAUUUGCUUUGUGCAUUACCAACUACAUUGGAUUAUAAUGGACUAGAAACAAUUGAAUUAAAUUGGAGGGAUGAUUACAAUGCCACUUAUUCAAAUGAUGUCACUAAAUUUUUUUGUUGGUUAAAUUUUAUUGUUGAGGUUAUAAGAGAUAGUCAAUUGAAAAUAUCUUAUUCAUUGUGUGAAUCAUUAAGAUUAUUAUUUUUUAAUAAAUUAUUUGAAAAUUCAGAGCAAAUAUCAUCUUCUUAUGUUUUUUUGUUAAAAAAAAUCUACAAAGAAGCAGAUUAUACACCUUUAAAUUAUACAAUAAAUUAUUGGUUACGGUCAGAACUUGAUAGCCCUUAUUGCAAUAAACAAACACCAAUAGACAUUUUAAUAAAAUUGUCUUCCGCUACAGAUGAUAUUUUUGUUUUUAACAUUCUCAAUCUUUUUAUAGAUAUAUUACUCAAUUCAGACAAAAAAGUUUUGGAUUUUAUAAUUUUACAAUUUAUCAACAAUAGAAACUAUUAUGAAAGAUGUACAUCAGGAACAUGGAGUGAUGAAGAAGAUGAAAGAGAAAAAAAAAUACUGUCAAAUGAAAAUAAUAUUAACACUAGUCGAACUCUUGCACCUUCAAGUAUUGAUAGAAUAAUUAACCGAUUUCUAGCAUUGGUUCCUCAAAACCUACAAUCAGACCAAUCACAUACGUUUAAAGAUCACAUACCAGACGUAAAGAAUAUGUAUGAAGAUUUAUUUAAUAAAUGUAUAAAAUUUGAUUGGCCUACUGAAGCAUUAAAUUCAGUUGAAUUAAAUGAUUUCGAUGAAGGGCCAUUUUUAAGAAUGAUUUUUAAAAAAAUCAGCAACAUUCCUAAUCAGAACUCUUCAACCACUAUGCAAUUAAAAGUGAUUUUAACAUUUUUAAGUUCUUUACCUCACCCAUAUCUACAUGAAUACUUGUUAAAUUCAACAUUACCAUUAAAACGUAAUGUACCAUCAUUAUACAUAAUAUUGUGCCAUGUACUUAAAGAACUGCAUAAAAAGAUAUUAACACUCCCAAAUUAUAAUGAAGAACUGAUUCAAGCAAGAAAACGUGUUUUAAAUAGUUCUUCAAUCAAACUAUUAAAAGAAAAAAAUUUUGAAGCAAUAAUUUUUAACAAUGCGGUAAUUUUAGAAGAAUUGUGUAAAGAAUUGGUAGCUGUACUAUUUGUGAAGUACCAUCAUUCAAACUUGGCUUGAUGAAAAUAAAAAAAAUCUAAGAU